AGUUGUUUCAUCUCAGCGCAAGCCCAAUCUGGGCGAAUCGAACGGCGCAACAAAGAAUUGAUGCCCGCCCGAUAACAGACCGCGCGCAGCUCUUCAGCUGCGAAGAAACAGUUCUUUGCUUGCGAGAACGACGGGCAGCACGACAGUUGCAGCUGCAUCGACCUAGCUUGACCGACGUUCUCCUUUGCGUGCAUCCGCAACGAAGAUGCUUCGUCACUUGGCCAGAAAGUCGCCAGCUGGUCGUGUACCAGGGCCCAUUUCCUGCUCCGCAGUCGCACGACCUUCCGUUGGUGGGUUUUCCAUAAGACCAACAGUUUCAUCCGGUGGUCCCCGCAACAGUGCUGCUGGCGGCGCAAUACAGCUUGUUUUACAACAGCAAUCUACAUCGACCUCAAAGCGGUACUUUGGUGGGGGCGGAGAAUCAUGGAAGCACGGUCGUGAGCACCUGAAGCCGUCCGGUGGUUUGAUCGACGGGCUGGCAAAGAUGGGUGAAUUCUUCCAUGAGACGCCGGUCUCGGAGCUAAACAAAUGUAUACAGGAUUUUCCUUUUGCAAGACAACCAUGACAGAGUCAAAGGCUGAUUGAGAUUGACAGUGGCGCAGCAUGACAAAUUUCCGCAUUCCAAUUAUCCAGGCGUUCCGCCGAAGACGACUUUCGAACGCGGACAAUGGUGGGUACAUGGGAAUGAUCUGAACCACAACCUGCCAGAGCAGUCCGCCUAUUGCCACUACAUCGAUGUACAUACAUUGAUUUGAAUCUAAAUCAAUGGAGUUCUUUGGCAGAGCAGUGUAGUGCUCACAGCGAUUGCGCCUUGCUCCUUUCGACGGAUGAGCGUUGAUCGAGGUCUCUCGCUCUAUGAAUGUGCAAACUCUUCGUUCCACGACCUGCGAUGAAAAUAAAAAUACGCACAGCCGCAAUAUUGGUCCCGGGAUAAGCAGCGCAUGUACGGUGACAUGGAGUACAUGGUAAAAAUGGAGUGGUUGCUUUUCUGGGUGCCUAGUUUCAUUAUCAUGGGCCUCGCAAUCCCCGGUAUUUGCGGCAUCUACGCUGCGGAGGACGCUGUGGAUUGCGAGCUGGUGGUGAAAGUGAUCGGCAGACAGUGGUAAAGAGUUGCGUUUGAAAAUUUCUUGCGUUGUUCUGCAUGGUGCAUUUUAAAUCUAAAGCUUUGGCUUUUUGCACAUGCACUCCCAGAAGUUAGUACCUGGACGAAGAAUAAAGGUCUAAUCUGUCAUGCUGUGAAAUGAACAUCAACCCACGAAACAUCCAUCUUCAGGUACUGGCUGUAUGAGGUCGAGAGUCCGAUUUUAACGGAAGAGGACGAGGAGGACUGAAAAGCGUGCACCUUCGACGGCUCUGUGUCAGCAUGUAAGUCACGGCAAUCCACCGCUUGCCUUGCAAGACAGUGCGCUUGACCGAAAAAUAAAGUUGUGGUCAAAAACAAAAGCUGCACAAGAGCGAGCAAUAUUGCAGUUGUAGUGCGCCAAGAGUAACAAGAUCUAUCCGUUAACAAGGACGACAACUACAUCAGGG